AUGUCAGAAGAAAUGUUACAGCGACUGAUGGGAGUGAUAAGCGCACAAUCGAACACACGGACGGACUUGGUGACCGGCAGCUUUGCCAGGUGCACGGCCAGGUUCAACAGAACGCGGGUUCCUGAAAAAGUGAAGAAAAUCACAACUACCAUCGUCUUGUACAAAGACGUGGAGGGCAUCUCGGACGAGAAUGCGCUAAAGGGGCUACCACUACUUCUCCAGGACACGUCGGCCACGUUGUGGGAAAGUGUGAAGACGGAGGCCAAUACGUUCGACGAGGCGAUCCACUUGAUAAGGACGUCGUUCGCCCCAAGUAAACCCCCGCACAGCGUCUGUAUAGACUUUUUUGGCACUCGCCAAGAAAAGAAUGUGAGUACCGACCUAUUCGUUUGCCAGAAGAGGGCACUGCUGGCGCAGUUGCCCUACAAUAUAUAG